GUGGUGCAGCUAGUUUAUAUGCCCUGGAUUAAUCUGUUCAUUUACCGUAUUAAUAGUACCAAACCGAACACGAGUGCUUCUUACUCCAGGAGGCGAGGCUGGAGGGCUUCCAUUCUAACUGGAGGAGGAGAGACUGGUUUCUGUGGAAGAGCGAGGAAUGACCACAGAUUCUUGGGGCUCUGCUCAUCAAGAAGUGGGUCCGUGAUCUCGCUCCUUAACUCUGGCUUUGCUGUUCCUGAAGCCGCGUAAGAAUGUGGUUGAAGUGCUGCUUCCAACUGCCUUGACUCGAACGGUCCCAGCAGCUAAACAGCCCCUGCCUGAGUGUGAACAGACCAUUUUGGACCGCACAGUUUAAACAUGGAAAGGAUGAAUCUAAUUUUAACAUGGAAAGGAUGAAUCUAAUUUUAAAUGCAUUGACCUGAAGAAACUAACCUUAAAAAUACUUGCUUCUACUUGAGGCUUGGCCACGACCACCCCGGGGGUGUGGCUUAUCCAGGGGGCGGACUUUGUGGGGCGUGGCCUCUUGGGGGCGGAUCUCUUGGGCGUGGCUGGAGAGGAACCCCCAGCAACUGCGUCUCGAGGGCUGAGGGCUCUGUGUCCCACGUGUGUUGAUUGAGCUUUGAUUUGCAGAAAAAGUUGCUGCAGGCGCGACCGGAAGUGGCAGCAUGCUAAUUCCAUUUUCAAUGAAGAAUUGCUUCCGAUUACUUUGUCAGCACAAGGUCCCAACGGCUGGCUUUAAAAGCCCACCCACACAUGGGCUCAUUUUACAGUCGCUCUCCAAUGAUGUGUAUGAAAAUCUGGCUAUAGAAGACUGGAUCCACGACCACAUACAUCUAGAAGGCAAGCCGAUUCUUUUCCUUUGGAGAAAUUUUCCUUCUGUCGUCAUCGGUAGGCAUCAGAAUCCAUGGCAGGAAUGUAACCUCCCUCUGAUGAGACAGGAAGGAAUAAAACUGGCUCGGAGGAAGAGUGGAGGAGGAACAGUGUACCAUGACAUGGGUAACAUCAACUUCACCUUCUUUACCACCAAAACCAAGUAUGACAGAAUGGAAAAUCUGAAACUAAUCGUGAGAGCUCUGAAUGCUGUCCAACCCCAGCUGGACGUGCAGCCUACGAAAAAAUUUGACUUGUUACUCGAUGGGCAGUUUAAAAUCUCAGGAACUGCAUCAAAGAUCGGCCGGACUGCCGCGUACCACCACUGCACCUUGUUAUGUAGCACCAACAGGACAGCUCUGUCUUCCUCGCUGAGGAGCCCAUACCGCGGGAUAAAGAGCAACGCCACUCCAAGCAUCCCUGCCACCGUCAAAAACCUUCUGGAAAGAGAUUCCACACUGACCUGUGAAGUUCUGAUGAGUGCUGUGGCUGCAGAGUACGCGGCCCAUCAUCAAAUUGAUGAUCACGUUAACCUAAUAAACCCUGCAGAUGAGACGAUGUUUCCUGGAAUAAACAGCAAAGUCAAGGAACUGCAAAGUUGGGAGUGGGUAUACGGCAGGACUCCUAAGUUUACCGUGGACACCACGUUUCAUGUGCCGUAUGAGCAGGCGCAUUUGGAAAUCCAAGUGUUCAUGGAUGUAAAGAACGGACGAAUCGAAACCUGCGAUAUAAAGGCACCCGAUCACUGGCUGCCACUGGAAAUAGGUGACAAAUUAAACUCAAGUUUCAUUGGCAGCAAAUUCUGCCCCAUUGAAACCACCCUACUAACAAAUAUAUUACUGAGAACAUGUCCGGACGACCAUCACUUACAGAGUAAAUGGAACAUUCUGUGUGAAAAAAUCAGGGGAAUAAUGUGACUCUAAUAACUUUGUUUACACUGGCACUUUCAGUGAGAAAAAACUUUAAAUUACAAUUUACUUUAUGUCUUUUUAAAAAAAGAAAUAGGGGGCGAGAUGGGUUAGAGAGCUGACUGCUCUUUCGAAGGUCCUGAGUUCAAUUCCCAGCAACGACAUG